AUGCUAAAAUUUAAAAAUAAGUUCAAGUUUGGAUCUUCCAACGGGAACCAGGAACCUACGAGUCCGACGGGGGCCAAAGGGUCGCCUAAAACGUCGUCGGAAUCGAGGAGAACGAUUUCGGGUAAUGUUCUCUCGGAUAAUCUUCUGAAGCUUUCGAUAACGGACCAGGAAACCACACAUUCAGAUCGUUCAGGGUAUCAGUCGUCAGUUCAGUCGGGCACGAAGUCGGGAAAUCAAUUGCAAGGAACGGGCAAGACAGCACAAGCGAGUGCCCAACCGAUAGGGGUACACUCGCCUACGGAGGCCCAGGGGAGUUUUGCGAUAGCCUCGGGGUCGUCGACCAAGUCGACAUCGCCAGCUUCUGGGUCUUUGGAAACGGAGCAGCCAAACACGACUGUGAGCUCUACACCGGGGUUGUUGACGGUGAAGAUAUAUAAUUCGGCGAAUUUGCAAUUGCCAAUCAAAAUCAAUAAUAAUAAGCAGAUCUUGCAUACGUUGGCAACGAACGCCAAUAACGAGGUGACGAGCCAGCAGUUGAUUAAGAACUUGAAUGCGUUGGCAGUCAAGGAAGAAGAAGAUGAAGGAGGACACGCACACUUGCCUGGGUCCAUUUCGACCAACUUUUUACCGUCAACCAUAACAAUUCCAAAUGGAGAAAAUUUGAUCAAAGCGUUGCUUUACUUGACGGUGGAAUUUGAUAAUAACGUUUUGGUUAUAGAACCACAAAAAGGAACAGUGAACCAGUCGGUUUGGAAUCAAGUUGUAUCGUUUGAUGUGACCAAGAAAUCUACGAGUAGCGGUACUGGGUCAAACUUCUUGAAUUUAAACUUAUUUAUCAGGUUGCCUAAUAUAUUGAUUCCUGACUCGGAGAAGUCGUCGCAAGAGAACUUAUUUACUAAGAAUGAAUCGGUGAAAAACUCCAACAAUAUAGGCGAUUUAUUGAUCGGUACAAUCAAGUUGCCAUUAAACUUGAACUUCCAUAUAAAGCCAAUCAGAUUAAUGAACCACGAGUACUUGAGUUUUACCAAUUUCAAUUUAUCUGACGAUGCCAGGAAAGCUCUCGGUGAGAUAAUGUUGACCAUAGACUUCAAGCCAAUACUAAAGUCCCAUUUAUCCAUUAAUGACUUUGACUUAUUAAAAGUCAUUGGUAAAGGGUCAUUUGGUAAAGUGAUGCAAGUUGUGAAGAAAGAUACAAAGCAAAUUUAUGCAUUAAAGACAUUACGCAAACAGCAUAUCAUAUCAAGAAUGGAAGUAACUCAUACGUUAGCGGAAAGAACAGUGUUGGCAAGAAUUACCAAUCCGUUUAUUGUGCCAUUAAAAUUUUCGUUCCAAAGUCCGGAAAAGCUUUACCUUGUUUUAAGUUUCAUAAACGGAGGAGAAUUGUUCUGGCAUUUGCAAAAGGAAGGUAAAUUUUCAAUGAAUAGAUCUAGAUUUUACAUAGCAGAAUUAUUAACUGCAUUAGAAAGUUUGCAUGAAUUAAAUGUCAUCUAUAGAGAUUUGAAACCUGAAAAUAUUUUGCUUGAUUAUCAAGGGCAUAUUGCAUUGUGUGAUUUUGGAUUGUGUAAAUUGAACAUGACCAACAAUGACAAGACGAAUACAUUCUGUGGAACACCCGAAUAUUUAGCUCCUGAGCUCUUGUUAAAUCAGGGCUAUACUAGAUGUGUUGAUUGGUGGACCUUGGGAAUUUUGCUUUAUGAAAUGUUAACAGGUUUACCACCUUUUUAUGAUGAUGAUGUCCCUACGAUGUACAGAAAAAUUUUACAAAACGAAUUGAAGUUCCCUACUUGGUUGGAAAAUACAGAUGCGCAAGAUUUGCUUAUUAAGUUGAUACAAAAAGAUCCCUCGAAGAGAUUGAACGAUGCUCAAGUGAUCAAGAACCAUCGCUUCUUCAAGGACAUCGAUUGGCAAAAGUUGUUAAGCAAGAAUUACUUACCACCUUUCAAACCAAAUGUAGAGAACUUGCUCGAUACGUCUAACUUUGACCAGGACUUCACGAACGAGAAACCUCAAGAUUCAGUCGUUGAUGACUUCUUGAGUGAAAGUGUUCAAAAGCAAUUUGGUGGUUGGACUUAUAACGGUGACAACAUUUUAAGCUAG